AUCUCUAGGCACCCUCCGGGGACUUGAAGUGGGUGAAGUCUAAAGCUCUAGCUGCACCCUGCAGGGGGACCAUGCAGGCCACUCCCCUCUAGGGACAGGGUGGCUGCCUUGUGGGGGUUCACUGGCUGACUGACCUUGGCGGGGCUCCUCCGCGCGGCUCACCGCCCCCACCGCCUGCGCCCCCAGGCCCCGCACUGGCCUCGGAGAUUGUGGGGGGCCGGCCGGCCCGGCCACACGCAUGGCCCUUCAUGGCGUCCCUGCAGCGGCGCGGAAGCCACUUCUGCGGCGGCACCCUCAUAGCGCGGAACUUCGUCCUGUCAGCCGCGCACUGUCUGAACGGCUUGUGAGUGUCCCCCCACCCCGCAACCUCAGUUUCCAGUUUUCGCGGGGCCGGGGGUGGGGGCCUCGGCCGAGGUGUGCGGCUCUACGGGACGCCUGCGCCCGCACGGGUGGCGACCCAAUCGCCUCCUCUUGCCCCAGAAACUUUCGGUCCGUGCGCGUGGUGCUGGGGGCACAUAACCUGCGACGGGGCGAGUCCACCCGGCAGAAGUUCAGAAUCCAGCGGGUCUUUGAAAACGGCUUCGACCCCAUGACCCUGCGGAACGACAUUGUGGUUCUCCAGCUCAACAGAUUUGCCUUCAUCAAUAGCAACGUGCAGGUGGCCCAGCUACCUGCUCAGGACCGAGGCGUGGGGGAAGGGGUGCGAUGUCUGGCCAUGGGCUGGGGCCAGCUGGGCACGAACCGGCCACCGCCCCGAGUCCUGCAGCAGCUCAAUGUGACUGUGGUGACAGCCCUCUGCCGCCCCACCAAUGUGUGCACCCUGGUACCAGGCCGGCAGGCUGGCAUCUGCUUUGGGGACUCCGGCGGGCCCUUGGUCUGCAACGGGCUGGUCCAGGGGAUAGAUUCCUUCAUCCGGGGGGGCUGUGGCUCUGGGCUCUUCCCAGACACCUUUGCCUCCACCGCCAAGUUUGCAGACUGGAUCAACUCCAUUAUCCGACGCUAUGGUGAUAAUGACAGCCCGCCUCUCCACCCCAGGAUCCCUGUGGGCAGGACCCUCUAGAAAGGCGGCCCCUGUUACCCCACUCCCCCCGACUGGGCUCUUCCCAUGCAGCAUCAUGCAGCAUCUGACACAAUAAAAACCCUGUUUUGUAGAA